AUGGACACGGAUGAUCAUGUUAACUUGUUUCGUUUUCCUUUCAAAAUUCCCACCUUUCGUGGUAUAAGGAAAGGCGGUGUCUAUCUUUCAGGUGCCCUUUAUGCUCUCGGGUUUUGGGUAUUUUUAGACGCAGUGCUUUUUUCCAGAUAUUCUAAUGCAUCAGAAGUUCAUGUAACGUUCAUCGACUGGAUUCCAUUUCUUUGUAGCACGCUUGGGACGCUGAUUGUGAAUUCUAUUGAAAAGAAUAGGUUACUGCAAGGAGCUUUAUCAUCAGAUGGUGGUGCUUUCGGUAGCGGUGUCAGUGACUUAGAUUCAAGCAUGGCAUGGCAAGCUCGAACUAUAUUGUUUUUUGGCUUUGCCUUAUUAGCUGGUGGGUUAUCAGGCUCUAUUGUCGUAUUGAUCAUCAAGUUUUUGGUUAAAGAUUACAAUACUUAUCCCACUUUGGGAAUGGGAGUAAACAAUGUGCUAGGAAACGUAUGCAUAUUAUUGAGUUGCGUUGUUUUAUGGAUUGCCCAAAAUGUUGAAGACGAAUAUUCAUAUUCUUUGACACUGUAG